UGGCGAUGGAUCCGCUCAAUUGGAGCUAUGUCAAGGUGCUUGCGUGCCACCUGCUGCAGAUUCCGGCGCCAACAAGCGACGAGAUGUUCUACCGCCUCCAUGGCCGCAUCAUCACGCGCGCCCAGCUCGUCGGCGUCGUCGCGAGCAUGCAGCACAAGACCGACCGCACCGAGUAUCUGCUCGAUGACGGAACGGGCGAGGUGUGCUUUGUCGAUUGGCAAACCGACGCGCCGCCGUGCCAACUGGGCGACCUCGUGCAUGUCUUUGGCCGGCUCAAGCCGUCGUGGGAACGUCGCGUCGAGCUCCACGCGACCAAGGUCGUCGUCGCCGUCGACCCGAACGCGGAAAUGCUGCAUUGGGCGCAAGCGCAGUUGCUGUACCAGCACGUGUACAACCAGCCCGCGCCGUACGUCGAGGCGCCGCUACCAACGCCGCGCGAAACCACUCUCGAAGCGCUCUGUCGGCACGCGUUCCUUGGUCUGCCGUUGCCGGUCGAGGCGCCCGACGUCGACGACGCGCUGCCCGUCGCGAUCGUCAAGCAUCUCGCCCAAGACAAUGCGCCGUCCAGCAUUCGGUUCCGGGACGCGGUUGCUGACGUCGUCGUCGUGCCCGACAUGGGCGCGUCCACGCGCCUCGGUCGCUUCCGAAAGGCGUUUGCACUUCUGCGCCGCCUCGGCGCGCUGUAUCUGCAAGGUAGUAGCACCUCGUCGACCCUUCUCGCGUGA